AUGGCGUUUAAGUAUCUUCAGUUCGAGCCAUAUGGGGAUAAGCUAAUCCGAUGGAUGGAAAAUACCAACGAACCCGGAUGCCCGGUUCCCAGAUCUACUCUCACCAUAUGGACCCUGCCAGAGCCUAUUCUCUGGCAUAGCGAGCAUGAAAGGGAAUGGCUGUCACCAGAACAGAUUGACUGUAUUGUGGGUAGUAGGCUGCCACUUGGACAACUAAUUCCAAAUGACAUGUAUCCUAUAGAAUCCCCGUGUCUACGGCAGUCAAUCAUCAAGACCCGGGGUGGGGUCACAGGGUUGAUUGGGACGAUUGGACCAGGCUUGCUUUUCAUCUACUCUAUUAGACGACGUUCUGCGUCGAAUGAUCCGCACGUGUCUGAGCUUGCCAAGAUUGCCUAUGAAACGCAUUUUCCGUUGGAGAGCGUGAAGCAUGUAAUUGUCAACGAGGUACAGGAAAAUGCAACUGAACCAUUUAUCGAGGAGCAAAUCUACCCAUCCCGUAAGGAACUUAUCUAUCCUUCUGCAGAGCCUCAAACUUGGGAUUACGCCACACCGGAGUUUAGGGCUAUUAUGGGUACGCCUAUCGGUAAGGUUGUCGGAUCCUUCAUUCUGGGUUCGUUUGGCCAGGGGGUGAAACGGGUUUCCCGCAUUGUUACUCUCCAAAGAGGCCCUGAGCUGCAUAAACUAGACAUUCGUUUUGAUAUCGAGGAUGUUUGA